AUGGCAAAACAAUUGAAACUAUUGAUAAUAAUUAGAUUUCUACUUUCGAUUAAUUUCUCGAGAGGAAUAGACUUACAUAAACCUGAAACUCCUGUUAGAUGUUCCAUUCGGGAUGGUAGCUGUCCUGCUGAGUGGCCAUGUUGUUCGCCUUAUGGAGUCUGUGGCAGUGGUCCAACAUGUAUUGGAGGGUGUAAUCCACAGUAUUCUUUCAGAGAGGAUAGCUGUGUUCCGAGUCCUGUACUGAUCCCAUAUAACGCUAUAGAGUUUUCAACUGAAGGGACUAAAUUGAUUCGAAUAGCUUCAGGUAAUUUACAGAAAGGAGAUGCCUUCUUGAAAAAGGGUGCUAGAAUGAAGGAAAGAGAAAUGGAACUAAAGAGAAAUAAAAUGAUUCAUUUCUCAGACUUUUUGAUUACUGAGGAUGCAACAGAAGCAAAUAAAAUGUUGAUGGACUAUGACUUCAUAUACAGUGGAAUGACGCAGAUGGAUCCGACUACAUCGGAGAUUCAGCUUACAAUGCCAAAGAGGAGUACAGGCAGUCUAGUAGCAUCAGUGAGGUCAUUCUUAUAUGGAAAAGUAUCUGUUACAAUGAAAACAGCACGAUCUGGUGGUGUAAUUACUGCCCUUGUAUUGAUGUCUGCGGUGGGCGAUGAGUUGGAUUUCGAGUUUGUAGGAAGCGAACUGAACCAAGUUCAAACAAAUCACUACUAUCAAGGUGAAUUGGAUUUUACAAAGAUGAAAAAGCAUGAAAUUAAGGAUAAUACCUGGCUUAACUAUCAUAACUUUGAGAUAUUUUGGACUGAGGAUAAAGUGGAUUGGGUAAUUGAUGGUGUAGUAGUAAGAACUUUAUACAAAAAAGAUACUUGGGAUCCGAAUGCGAAAGUAUACAAAUUUCCGGAUUCGCCUAUGAGGUUGGAAAUAGCAAUUUGGCCUGGUGGUUCAGAAAAGAAUGAAAUUGGAACAAUAAUGUGGGCUGGAGGUCUGGUCGAUUGGGAUAAUCCACCUGACAUGUUAGAAAAAGGUUAUUUUUCUGCUAAUGUCAAAGUAAUCAGAAUUGAACCCUCUGCGAAUAGACACUUACCUAGGAUAUAUCAUUGUUUGACUAGGAAGUCUCACAAGGACAUAAACGAUUUGACUUCAAGAGACCUGUCAAUGGCAACAUUUUACUAUAACUCCUCGAGGGACAAUAGAUAUAAUGAGAACUCACUAGAAUGGGAUUGUUUCAACGACAUUUAUUUAAGUAACAGUAGUUCUUCUGGAACAGACCUAUAUUAUGGUAAUAAAGGAAAGCAAACGAACUCUCUUGAGAAAAGCCCCAAUUCAGAAUAUUCUAAUGAAAAUGACAGCGAAGAAAUAAACGUUGAGGAAUGGUACAGGAGAAGUAUGAUGUUUAGACCAAAGAGACAAAAAUCUUCUGCAGCUCACAAAACUAAAAGCUCGACAUUACCAUUAAUUAUCUUCCUAAUUAUAUCAUUAUUUAUCAAGUAA